AUGGCUCCCUCUCUAGAAGUGCCCGAAAACAUCCAAGAUGUCCUCUCAAGUCCUCUCAAAGCCGCCCCUCAACUCAUCGCCCCCGAACCAGAGCACUGUCCUGGCCCGGAAUCCGAGCAAGCCGGAAAGGCCGACUCUUGCGCGGGCUGCCCAAACCAAGCCAUAUGUGCUUCAGCACCCAAAGGCCCCGACCCAGAAAUUCCGCUUAUCACGGCACGGCUCUCUGGGAUCAAGCAUAAAGUGUUGAUCCUGUCAGGGAAAGGCGGCGUUGGCAAGAGCACAUUUACCGCCUUGUUAGCACACGCCUUUGCUACCAAUGAAGACAAUACAGUUGGAAUUAUGGAUACCGAUAUUUGUGGGCCGAGCAUACCGAAGAUGAUGGGGGUCGAGACCGAGACGAUACAUGUUAGCGGCGCUGGAUGGAGCCCGGUCUGGGUGAUGGAGAAUCUGGGAGUUAUGAGCAUACAAUUCAUGUUGCCAAACAGGGAUGAUGCAAUCAUAUGGAGAGGGCCAAAGAAGAAUGGUCUGAUUAAAAAGUUCCUAAAGGACGUCGAAUGGGGAGACAUGGAUUUCUUGCUCGUGGAUACCCCGCCGGGAACAAGCGAUGAGCAUCUAAGUGUGAAUUCAUAUCUGAAGGAGAGUGGGGUGGAUGGCGCCGUGGUCAUUACAACGCCCCAAGAAGUUGCCCUUCUCGACGUCCGGAAGGAGAUUGAUUUUUGUCGAAAAGCCGGCAUCAAGGUCUUAGGCAUCGUGGAGAAUAUGUCCGGCUUUGUUUGUCCGAAGUGCACUCACGAAAGCCAAAUCUUCCAGGCAACCACUGGUGGAGCUAGGCACUUGGCUAAGGAGAUGAAUAUUCCGUUUCUGGGCGCAGUGCCACUAGACCCACGAAUUGGACAGGCGGCAGAUUAUGGGGAAAGCUUCUUUGAUUCCUUCCCUAAUAGCCCGGCUUGUGCUGCUCUGAAGAAUGUGGUCAGAAGAGUUGGUGAGGAGAUGGGCCUUAAGCCCGAGAGCGUUCUACCUGAAGAUUGA